CUUACGAUGAUACCCUUCAUUUCCUUUUAGAAAAAUAUUGAUAUAUUUUAUAUAUGGUUACUUGAUUACUCCUGUAAAAGUUACUUUGUUUUGUUUAUAUGAAGUCUGAACGACAUGAAUUUUGUAUUAAAAUGACCAGAAUGUUGGGCAUUAUAUUUAUAACAUAAUGUCAUAUUAGUCAACAAUGAAUUUGAGCAGGUGUGAACGUAUAUUCAAUAGAGACGCAGCUUUAUUCCAAACCAGACAACUAAUUUGUCAGAAAUGAAAGUAAACAUAAACAUAAGACACACAUAUAUAAAUAUAUUGAAACAUAGCACCAGACAAAAAGUAGGUUUUUCAUACAGUUCACACCUUCCCCGUAAAGCUAUUGUUAUUUUCAUUCCUAUUUUACGCCAUCUAUUGCUGUUGCUAGUUAUAAAAAGAAGCAAAGCAUCAGCACAGUGUUGAGUAGGAGAUUGAAAAGGGAGGACUGUAAAAUGAAGAUGUUAGUUUUGUUAUCAUUUAUGCUUUCCACGCUUCCACCAACAUAUGGUUGGGGAACUGAGGGCCAUUCCAUAAUUUGUAGAAUUGCUCAGUCUCGCUUGAGUGAAGCAGCAGCAGAUGCUGUGAAGCAACUGUUGCCGAAGUGGGCAGAAAAUGAUCUUGGGAGUGUGUGUUCAUGGGCAGAUCAAGUUAAGUUCCGUUACCGCUGGUCACCUGCUCUUCAUUUCCUUGAUACCCCUGAUACUUGCACUUACCAGUACAAAAGGGACUGCAAAGAUGAAGAUGGAGAAAUAGGGAGGUGUGUUGCCGGGGCAAUUAACAAUUACACCUCCCAGCUUCUUAGCUACAACUCUGCGUCUGGUGAAGCUGAAUAUAAUCUUACGGAAGCACUUCUCUUCCUUUCUCAUUUUAUGGGAGACAUCCAUCAGCCUUUACAUGUGGGUUUUGCAUCAGAUAAGGGAGGCAACACAAUCGAUGUACGUUGGUAUACAAGAAAGGAAGUUCUUCACCAUGUUUGGGAUAGCAAUAUAAUAGAGACAGCAGAAGAAAGGUUCUAUGAUUCAAAUGUAGAUGCCAUGGUUGAUGCAAUUCAACAAAAUAUUUCGACUGAAUGGGCAGAUCAAGUCAAAAGAUGGGAGAGCUGCAGUCUAAAUAGGACGGCUUGCCCUGAUAUAUUUGCAUAUGAAGGUAUCAAAAUGGCAUGUGAUUGGGCAUAUAAAGGUGUCAAAGAAGAAUCAGUACUUGAAGAUGACUAUUUUCUCUCCCGAUUACCAAUUGUUAACUGGAGGUUAGCUCAAGGGGGAGUUAGAUUGGCUGUCACUCUCAAUCGUAUUUUUGGGUGA